UUCCCACUUGAUUCGUAAAUAUUUACCUGUUUACACGUGCAAGUCGCAAUUUCUGCACCGAAUUUCCGAUUCAAACCCGUAUUUCCGCUCAAACCACAAAAUGAGCAACAAAAUGAACAAGAUGAAGCUGUCCAAGGGCAUCCUGGAGAUGAAGUUCAUGUCCCGGACGCGGGAGAAAAUCGAAAAGGAAAAGGACGACGCCGAGGGCAGGGCUCUCUACUCGAACGAAAUCACGGACAAGAUGCUGCACGAGUCUUCAAAGUACGUGAUCGAAACGAGUUACGUUCCGUGCGAGGAUCUGAUCGAGGGUCGGGUUAGUUACGGCGGGAUGAAUCCGGAAAUUGAACGGAUCAUCGAGCUGGAGAAGAACAAGGACUUGGCGGCGCUGGUGGAGCGGGAAAAGGCGGCGGCCGCCGAGAAGCAGAAGCUCCGGAUGGAUGUUCCGGACGAGGAAAUGGCUCGGUUUUACACGAGCGUUGUGAAGACGAUGCACAAAAAGUACGACCGGAAGGACAAGCGCGUUCAGAGCAUUUUGCCGUUGAACGUUAAGCGGAUGCAGCGGCCAAAGGAUGAUGAUUGAGUGAGGAAAACGGUAGAUUGUAGAUUUUAAGACUGUUUGGAAAUAUAAACUGGUAUAUUUGCUGCAAAUACUUA